UUGUAGUCUAUUUAUGAAUAAGAUUAUUGGAAGGAUUGAAAGUAGCGUUCCUCGAAUUGGAUAUAUUUAUUUUUUCUUCUGUGACCAAAACAUUUCAAUUAGCUUUGGAAAUUAUAGACGCAAUGAAGGUUAAAGAAAUCACAAGAACAGCUAACAUCUCUUGGAGUCCUGCUUCACUUCAUCCAAUUUAUAUGGCUGCGGGAACUGCAGCACAACAACUUGAUGCAACGUUUAGCACUAAUGCUGCCCUGGAAAUAUUUGCUGUUGAUCUGACAAGCAGACAAAAAAUGCCUUUGAGAGGGAAAAUUGAGUCGGAACACAGAUUCAAUAAAGUUGUUUGGGGGUCAUUUGGUAUGGAUAAGAAAGAAACUCCAUUGGGAAUUCUUGUCGGUGGAACAGAUAGCGGCAGUGUUGUGUUGUGGAAUCCAUUAAAAAUAAUAAAUGGAGAAACUGAUGAUGCAGUUCUUGUUGAGAAUAAAAAACAUACUGGACCAGUACAAGCAUUGGAUUUAAAUCCAUUUCAGUCAAAUCUUUUGGCCUCCGGUGCUUCUGACUCUGAAAUUUAUGUGUGGGAUCUAAAUAGUCCGGACAAUCCUCUCACUCCCGGUGCUAAAUCACUCCCCCCUGAUAAUAUCAGCUGCUUGGGAUGGAACAGGCAGGUGCAACACAUACUUGCAUCUACAUCGCCCUGUGGUCGUUGUGUUGUAUGGGACUUAAGAAAGAACGAACCAAUCAUAAAAGUCAGUGAUCAAGGAUCAAUGGCUCGUUGCAAGGCGAUUGAAUGGCAUCCCGAGGUGGCAACACAGAUGGUUCUUGCAUCGGAAGAUGACAGAUGUCCUGUAAUUCAGAUGUGGGAUCUGCGAUAUGCCACGUCACCAAUGAAAGUUCUCGAGAAACAUCAAAGAGGUGUUCUAGCUAUUGCCUGGUGUCCACAGGAUCCUGAAUUGCUCAUGAGCUGUGGAAAGGAUAGCAGAGUACUUUGCUGGAAUCCAAGCAGCAAUGAUCCUAGGGGAGAGGUAGUCUAUGAGCUACCGUGUCCUGCGCAGUGGAGUUUUGACGUAAAAUGGUGUCCUCGUAACCCAAACAUGAUCUGUACACCAUCCUUUGAUGGUCACGUCAGUGUAUACUCUCUCAUGGGAGGUGGGGUCGCUGAUCACGGUGGGGUUGAUCAGAAGAUGGUAAAUGAUGCAUUCAAUAUCAACGAUCCAUUCGCGACUACGGUUCAACAUCAAACUCCUGCUCAUACACCCGUGGCUGCCACGCUAAAGAAACCACCGAAAUGGCUUCGACGUCCUUGUGGGGCUACUUUUGGGUUUGGUGGAAAGUUGAUCUCUUUUGGAAGAACACCCGAAGUCCCGAUAUCAAAGAUAAACAUCAGUCAAGUCGUGACCGAGGAGGAUCUCGUGAACAGGUCGGGGCUUCUCGAAGGUGCCCUCAAAUCCGGAAGCUUUGCUGAAUUCUGUCGCGCGAAGACCGAUAAUGUUGAUGAUACACUGGAUUCGACGUUAUGGAGCUUCCUCAAGGUCAACUUUGAAGAGGAACCGAGAAAACAGUUUUUGACUUUACUGGGUUAUGAUCCGAGUAAACUGGCGAAAAAAAUUGCCUCAAAGAUUGGAGAAAAGCCGCCAUCGAGUCUUGGUGUUAAUUCCGCUGAACUUGCUGAAAAAAUCGAGGAUUUAACUUUAACGGGCAAUGGGGUUGUUGAAGGAGAUGAUAUAUUCUCCGGUGGGGCAAACACACCCCCCGUACCCGAGGAUUCUGGAAAGACUGCGAACUCCGAGGGCAUAGAUCCGAGUCUUGUUUUUGAUGCUAUCUCCACUGGGACAUUGGAUAUAUCUGGCGACGGCGAAAUGCAAAUUACGAAGCCAUUUGUCAUUCCUACUGAUAACGAAAGCGACGGCUUGAUAAGUCAGGCUCUGUUGACUGGAAAUUUCGAGGCGGCUGUUGACGUGUGUUUCCAUGGUGACAGGAUGGUAAGCUGACGCAUUUUGUUGGCGAUUGCCGGAGGUAAAGAUCUCGCCAAAACUCAAAUGAUGUACUUCAAGAAGAAGCAGAGCAACCUUAAACGGCUGAUGUCCGUCGUUGUGAAUCGCGAUUGGUCAGAUGUGGUGAAAAGUUGCGAAUUGGAGAACUGGCGCGAGGCGCUCGCCAUCUUAGUGACGUAUGCCAAACCCGAGGAGUUUGCACCUCUCUGCGAUCUACUUGGUCAGAGGUUGGAGGCGCAACAAGGCGAGAGCUACGCAAAUGCAAUGGUGUGCUACAUUUGUGCUGGAAAUGUAGAGAAGUUUGUUUCGUGUUGGUCCAAGACGAUGCCAUCUGAACCGUCUCCACUGGAACUUCAGAAUUUGAUCGAGAAAGUUAUGAUUUUGAAGAAGGCUGUCGAGAAAGAUCGUCAUCAAGUCACGAAUGCGAACAACUCGCGUGUUUCAGACAUGCUGUGCAAAUACGCUGGUUUGCUUGCCUCCCAAGGAAGCGUUGAAAUCGCAAUGGAUUAUUUGUUGUCGGCUAACGAUCAGGAAGAUGUGGCUGUGCUUCGAGAUAGAUUGUACCAUGCUCAGUUCCCUAGUCAAGUGACGUCCUCCAUUGCUCCUCCAUCAUUUCCCUUUACUAGAGUCGACGUCAAAGCUGCACCGGAAGUUCAGCCCCAGGUACAAUCCACGCAUGCUCAGCAGGAUAUUACCUCGCAAAUGAAGUCAAAUAUUGGUAUGCAACAACAUUCGCAAACUUCAAAUGUUUUUAACCCCGGCUCACAUACGCCGUUCCAGGCUCCUCUAUCGCACGCGCCAACACCAACCUCGUCGUAUUAUUCCGGUAAUCAGCCACAUUCGCUUCCAUCCGUAGGAUAUCAGGCUCAAGGGAACUAUGGAGGUAAUUUUUCUUCACCUUCAAUGGUUAAUCAACCUCCACCAACGAUGGUUAAUCAACCUCCACCAACAAUGGUUAAUCAACCUCCACGUUCAAUGGUUAAUCAACCUCCACCAACAAUGGUUAAUCAACCUCCACCAACAAUGGUGAAUCAGCCUCCACCUUCUAUGGUGAAUCAACCUCCACCUUCAAUGGUGAAUCAACCACCACGUUCUAUGGUUAAUCAACCUCCAUCUUCUCAAUUCAAUCCUCAACAAUCAUUCCCAUCAUACCAAGGGCCCCCACCUCCUACAGGUGCACCUAGUCAGAUGCAUUCAGAGCCUCCACCACUGACGUCAUCUUGGUCAGCGGAUGGCAGUCAUGUCAUGGCAAAGAGGCAUCAGCCCGCCAACUUCACACCGCCUGCGCCUAUAACAAUGCCAAUAUUUAACGCUCCCGGAGAACAAAAGCCCGCACAAACAGGUAACUCGUCGUUGCCAUCUGUCGUCCCUGGUGGUGGGGUACCUCCCGGUGCUCCUCAAGGUCCUGUUCAACCACCACCUGUUGAUAGCAAGCCUGAAAUGUCGCGAGAAGUUCCAAAAGGACCGAUACCCGCUGAACAUAUUCCACUUCAGGAAUCCUUUGAUGGUCUUGUUGCCAAGUGCCGGGGUACAGCCAUGAACCAGCAAACGAAAAGGAAACUGGAUGACGUGACAAAGAAACUUGGUGCUCUUUAUGAUAAACUACGAGAACAAAAGCUGUCGCCUUCUAUUUUGACGGGUUUGCACAACAUAGCUCAAGCAUGCCAAGCGGCGGACUACGCCAGUGGUUAUCAGGCAUACACGAGCCUUAUCUCGAGUGGAAGCUUUUCAGAGAUAAGCUCUUUCAUGCCAGGAAUUAAAUCGUUGAUGCAAAUAGCAACUCAAUUACGCGUCUAAGAGUUUCAUGGAAGUCGGAAUCUAUAUUUACGGAAGUUUGGUUGAAUUAAUUUCGUUCCAUUUUUGGGAAAGCUUCAAGUCAGCAUCUCUUGAUGCAAUAUUCGAUUCGUGGAAAAGAGUUAAUGUAUAUUUGAUGUUUUUUCCCAAUCAAAACAGACUUGAGAAAGAAAUUCUUCCAUUUUCCAAACAUCAUAUGCCAUUCCACUUUGGCUUCAACAAAAUACAGCAGUCUGCGAUCAAUUUGAAAUUAAUUAAAUUUAGAUAUAUUCUCAGAGUAAAUGUUUUCAGCGAAUAA